AUGAAAACAAGAAGUGAAGAGGCAAAGAUUAAGAAAGAGAAACCUGUUGAAGCAAAGAAGGAGAAGCCUUCCAAGAUACAAUUCAAGAGAAAAGGAAAAAUCAUUGAGCCCCCUACACCUAAAGCACUGGUAAAUACAAGGAAAAGGAAAAAGGAACAAGAAAAGAAAUCAGUAGCUACUGAUGAAGAAGAAAUAGAAUCAAAAGAAUCAAUGGAGAUUGCCACUACAAUGCAAUCUAGAGAAAAGAAGAAGAGAAUGAAGGAACAACAAAAAGAAGCCGAGACAAUCAAACAUGCAGUUGAAAUUUUGUCAAGAUUAUUACCAAAGACUGAUAUAGAGAGUUUUGCUAAAUUGAUUGAUAAGCUAGGUCAAUUGGUUAAUGAACUUUGUAAACAGAUGAAAACAUUUGAGGAUGCGGAAUAUGUUUAUGUAGAAAAGGAGUAUAAGAAGCAAAGAACAUAG